GUAGGGCAGACCGUCCCAUUUAUCAACGCUUUCUGUUCGACCUUCGAAGAACGCAGCCUACAAACGCUACAACUUUGUAUACCGCAUCCUUUAAAGGAUGCAGCCUCUGAAUUCGGACACAACCUCAGUGACUACAGCUGUUUAUUAAGAUGGCCGACAAGGGGGCCAAAGGGGAGUCUGAAGCAACCUUCGCCAAGAGAAUCGAUCCCAAGAAAGAUCAUUUGACUCCGGAGCAGAAGCAGUUUAUCCAGAGGGUGGAAAUGGAGCAGUGGAAGAAGAACAUGCAGAAACUUCGCGGCCGGAACAUAUUAACUGGCCUAGCGAUUGGAUCCAUGGUGAUUGGCAUCUAUGGCUACACGUUUUAUUCGGUGUCACAGGAGAAGAUCAUGGAUGAAAUUGACAAGGAGGCCAGCGUUGCCCAGAUGAAGAGGGAGAAGACCGCAUCCAACUAAUGUGGGUCUUCACGUGGACUGUUUCCCCUCACGCAGCUUGUACAGAGUGAUGCUCGCCGGCCAGGCGUUGUCCUGUUUCCACAAGGGUCUGUCCGAUGUGUUAUAUAAUAUGGCCAGGAGAUGGUGCUUAACGGGAUGUUAUGUGUUGUGCCCUUAAAUUGACAAAUUUUAAAUGCAUAUAUAGCUUUUCCUGACAUCAUUAGAGUGGUGUUUAUCCAAAUUUAAAUACAUUUCUGACACAUCGUGAUUGCAUAAAUUCAAGGGAUGCACUUUCAAAUCAAACUUGUACCUCUUUGAUUUCCAUGACAUUUUUAAUGCAUCAAGUGUGAAUGCCUUUGUGUGGAUAGUGAGAGGUGUGUUUAUUUAAACUACUGUGCUAAGAAAUAUUUUUCCUCCUGCUUUUUGAGGUUCAAUAAAUUAGGUUAAAAUCA